AUCUCCCUCUCUCCCUCCCCCUCCCUCGUCUCCCGCUCUCUUUGCAGUGCUGCUGGAGGAGAGGCGCGCUCACCGCAGCUGGAAACAGCUGCACCCCCCCUCCCGCCCCGCCCCGCGCCCCUACCCCGAGUCUGGUUAACCGCUCCCACUUCUCGCCUCUUGGAAUUCUAGAAGUGGGGGUGCCGGCCCCCGGAGAACCGCAGCCGGUGCGAUGCAUUUCGUAGACCUCACCCAGCUGGGACGGACCUCCUAAUCUUCAGAACCGCGGGCCACAGGGAGUUAAAUUGCUGCCUUCCUCUUCUCUGUCGCGGUUGGUGGUUCGUUUUCUAAAGGAACGUUUUAUUCACUUUUUACUAUAUAUAUUUUUAAGCUGGGGGCUCGCUUCUAGCCUCGGUCCAGACUCUGCCUUGUAAACGGGUUUCUAUGUAUAUAUGUGUAGGUAUACUUUGGACACCUUACAACGCUUGCGCCUCUCCAACCGGGGCACAGCUUGUUAUUUUGGACAUCUUUUCCCCCCUUUCCACUUGGUACCCUGAACGCAGUGUGACCAAACUCCCUACUGCCCUUUGGACGUGGAUCGCUUUGGGGUGCAAGUUUGGGGUGCAAACGUCUACUUCGCAAGAAGGCCUGGGACCGCCCCGCCCCCGCCGCCAGUGGUUGGGGAAGUUUACAUCCGGAUUUUCACACGUUUUGUUGCCACUGCCCAGACUCUGACUAACCUUGUGGGCUCCAGGUUUUCGAUACUGCAACCUCCUCAAAUAUUAGCACUGCCUCCCCGCGCCUGUCCUAUUCCUCCAGGCCCCCGAGGUCCUGCCCUCAUCCCGGCGGAGCAGGAACCCGAGGGCGCAGUGGAGCCCGGGGCCUCGGGCCCGCGCUGAGCAGCUAUGGCUGCGGCGAUAGCCAGCUCCUUGAUCCGGCAGAAGCGGCAGGCGAGGGAGUCCAACAGCGACCGGGUGUCGGCCUCCAAGCGCCGCUCCAGCCCCAGCAAAGACGGGCGCUCCCUGUGUGAGAGGCACGUCCUCGGGGUGUUCAGCAAAGUGCGCUUCUGCAGCGGCCGCAAGAGGCCAGUGAGGCGGAGACCAGAACCCCAGCUGAAAGGGAUUGUGACAAGGUUAUUCAGCCAGCAGGGAUAUUUCCUGCAGAUGCAUCCAGAUGGUACCAUUGAUGGGACCAAGGACGAAAACAGCGACUACACCCUCUUCAAUCUAAUUCCUGUAGGACUGCGUGUGGUGGCCAUCCAAGGGGUUAAAGCCAGCCUUUAUGUGGCCAUGAAUGGAGAAGGCUAUCUCUACAGCUCAGAUGUUUUUACCCCAGAAUGCAAAUUUAAGGAGUCUGUGUUUGAAAACUACUAUGUGAUCUAUUCCUCAACCCUGUAUCGCCAGCAGGAAUCAGGCCGUGCAUGGUUUCUAGGACUCAAUAAAGAAGGUCAAAUCAUGAAGGGGAACAGAGUGAAGAAAACCAAGCCCUCAUCUCAUUUUGUACCAAAACCUAUUGAAGUGUGUAUGUACAGAGAACCAUCACUACACGAAAUUGGAGAAAAGCAAGGACGCUCAAGGAAAAGUUCGGGAACACCCACCAUGAAUGGAGGCAAAGUCGUGAAUCAAGAUUCUACAUAACCUAGCCAAGAACUCUUCCGUUCUUCCCUCUCCUCCCUGUCCCUUCUUCUCCCUCCCUUUCCCCAUUUUCUCCAGUAUAUCUACCCAACGAGAGAGAGAAAAAAAUAAAACAGCAUCACAGGACUUAGUAGCUGAGAUUCUGCACUCAAAAUCUUCCUUUGUGUAGGACAAGAAAUUUGAACCAAAGCUUGCCUGUUGCAAUGUGGUAGAAAAUUCACAUGCAUAACAAUUAUUGCACAUAAGAGCAAAGGAAAAAAUAAAUUGGACUCCACAAACAUUAAAUUUAACUGUGUUGUUAUUAACAGAGGGCUAAUUGUAAUGAAGACAGGCUAUAAUGCAGACAAAGCACAGUCAUUGAAUGGAUGUAAAAGGUUUGGAAAGCCACUUAAAAUGUUGUUGAAUUGUAAAUCCUUUUAAGUUUUAGAGCAUUCUGAAAUGUGCAGAUUUGUUUCACGUUUGUAUUUUCUUUACACUUCUGUCCAUUAUAUGCAAUUACAUCCUGUUUCCAGGGUAUUCUUUCAAUCAUAAAAUUGAAUAUGUCAAAAUUAUAUUCUUCUAAUAUCUGUUAGACAUAUAGCCAGGGACCAACUUGCAUGAAGAAAAGUUUUAAACUUACUCUUGAUGUUAGUAAUAUUUUUUUAUUUAGAAAAGGAAACUCUUCUGUUGAAUUUAAUCCUAUUAGCUGAUUUAAUUACCUUGUAAACAGUUUCACAUUCUUUGAGGAGAACAUUAUAUUUUUAUCUAGGUAUUGAUCUCAAAUUUUAUUAUUUUUUUAGGCAUUCAGUGAAAAGGGUUUUAAUGUAUUCCUGAGGAGACUUAGGGAACUCGCUGGCAUCCGGUGAAGGAGCACAGGCUUCUUGCAUUUUCCAUGCAGUCUUAGUGUAGGUAUCUUUGAGUGUGUAUGUGAAUGUCUAGCUGUCAUAGAAAGUUGAUUUUUUUUUCUAACCAUAUUUUGAAGCAGGAGAGAAAAAAGUUGGGUUUUAUAGAAGGAAAUAAGUCUGAAAUACAGACUCAAAGCAAAAUUUAAUUGCCUUUUUACAUUGCCACAGUUCUGUGUGUAGGUUGCUUUUUAAACUCUAGAAGAAAUUAGAAGGAUAUGACUGUGAAAAUUCUACCUUACCAUCUAUGAAGCAAGUGGCAUGUUUGUUGGAUUUAUCCACAUUUAUAAGUCUAGUUUGCAAUAAUUCUAUGUUCUAGAAAGCAGAAGGUAACUAGUUAAACAUGGAUUUUUCAAGGGACAGAGAGAAAAGAUGUGGAAUUAACAGCUUUGGUUUCAAUAGACAGGGUUUUGUGGGUGGGUUUGGGUCGUGAAAAAGAACUCCACAUGAGAGCUAGAACACUAUUAGAACUCUGAAGUACUAGAAAACAUUAACAAAGACAUGAAGCUAUACCACAGCAUUGAAAUUACUAGACUUACUUCGCCCUGGAUAUCAGGAAUGGUGUAGAGAAAUCCAAAUUCAAAGAGACCAAACCAGAAUGUUAAAAAUGUUUGCAGCUUUAUGGAAUAUCAUAAUGAGAAGACGUAAGCAUGUAACUUCUCCUAUAUCUCUACUGUCCAGCAUGUAUUAUUCCAACUAUGACUCCCUAAAAUACAUACUUUGCAGAAGAUCUAAGCCCUCACUUCAAACCUUCCCAUGGGAUGCUGUAUUCUAUUAAGGUCAACAUAAUGUCUCCCUCUACACAAACAUUAUUCUUUGGUGUGACUCUUGCCCUAUAAAUUGCCCUAUAAAUUAUCUAUUUAUGUUCUCUGGAGGGUGGCAGAAAAUUUACUGGGGGAAUUUUCCCAUAAAGCAUAGAAGAAUAGAGGUUAUGCACAGAGAUAAGCUUUUGGACAGAUUUUAAAUCAGAAUAUAUGUAAAGUAAAAGAUACAUUUAAUGUGUAUAUAUAUGCAUAUAUAUACAUAUAUAUGUAUAUAUAUAUUAUAUGGAAUGUUGCUUUCUUAGGAAAAGUACACCCAUGUAAAGACACACAUUCAGAAGUUGUACUCAUUGUCACUGUUGUUCCAACUUGAUUAUAAGUACACCUGUCACUUCCAGGACCAAAAAUUUCCCAAGCACAAAGCCUUAUUUUCUUUUAAAAAUAAAUAAAUAAAUAAAGAGGCUUCAACAAAAUGGAUCAUAGGCUCUUUUGAAGGGAAGUGCCUGGAGUUUACGGUGAGAUGUUUACUCAACCAUAGUGCACUGAGGGUCCACAGGAAGUGCCAUUUCUGGAAACCACAAUUGCCCAUCUCUCUGAGGAUUUCAUGAUAGCAAUUUAUCUUCAUUAUUUAUUAAAAUAUAAUGCUGAUAUUAAUCUCUAAUAAAAAUCCCUUCUCUAUUUUCAGUGGUUGUCCAUUGUUCAUCAUUCAGAUACCUUUGUCCCAAUCCUAUCAAUAGUUAAAAAGGAGCUUUCUAAGCACUCAGUCUGUCUCUAGUUUGCCCUCCAUAUCAUGAUAAGGAAAUGUAUAUGCAUUUUGGAAAUUAACUUUGCAUCAUUUGCACCUGAUUUCAAGAACGAAUUGAAAGCCUCACAUUCCUUUUUUUUUUUUUUUUUUUUUUUUUUUGUAGACCUGAAAAAGAAAAUGUUUAGAGCACAAUGUUUAUUUGCUCACUUUCUGGUUGCUAUUGAAGUAUAUCAAAAUCAUAAAUAGAACCAAUAUUCAUUGUAUUGGGUUUAAAAUAUAUGAAAAAUACAAAUAUAUAACCAUUAGAUUUCAUUUUUAAAAUAUGGGUCAGGUUCAAUGGUUCUUUUUCAGCUUUAUUCCACAUAAAAUGUUUCUUCACUGUGACACUCUUUGUUCUAUUGCCUGGCUUCAACUCACCUAUCGCCUGUUCUUUCAUUGUAAUGAGGGUUCUCUUUUUGUUGUUUCUAAAACAAGGCAAGGGGAUAAUCCCAGGAAAGGAUUCUAGUAGAGAACCAUCAGAGCCCUUAUUAGGUUUUAAACAAAUGGGUUUGAUAAUAUUAACCAAACUUCCAUGAGUCUCACAAAAUGGCUCUCUGGUCAAUAUUCUUUACUUGAUAUUUUAGCUAGGUAUUUGAGGUCUAGAAACAAAUGGUGCUGAAGUUCCAUCUGCUAGCUUAGAGACCUUGUUCUUCAGGAGACUGAAACACAGUAAGCCAUCAUUUUCUUGAUCAUAUUGAUAGUUUUGGUUUUGAACUACAUAUAUGAAGUUUUAAGACAUGUUUUUAGCCAUUGCGGAUUGGCACAGGGAAUAGACAAUAAGACAAUGUGACUCCUUAUGGACCUCAAUCCAAUCUAGAAAUUUAUACAAAAUAACUCUUCUACCUAAGAAAAUGGCAAUGCUGUUGCUGGGUAUAUUUUUUUUUCAGUUUGUGAUUCAUCAUCGCUACAGGGAAGUGUUGAGAGUAGUCCAACAAAAGGAUGGAUUGUAUCUUGUUUGUUGUGUAUUAAAUGGUCCUUAAGCCCAACCUGGGACCCCAGAUUGCUUAAUGAAGAAUAUGAUUACUUCAACAUUGAUUUAUGUUUUAAAACAUAAACCCAGAAUUAGAAAAUCUCUUCUUAUACCCUGUGACUUAGAGUACAAGGCCUUGCUUUUGAGAAGGUUUUCCAUGAACUAGGUUGAUUUCUUCUGCACAAGGUGAGAAACAGUCAAACUUAAAAAAUCCCUGCUCAUUUUAAUGCCAUAAAAGACUGAGGCUAUUACUCUGUCAUAGACUGUAAAUAGCAUUUUUUAAAGCCAGAAUCACAUUUAAAACUGUGGAUUGUUCUACAAAUAUAUAUGUGUAUAUAUACAUAUGCUUCUGAAAUGAGGAUAUAUUAUAUAAAGUUUUUAUUUGCUCUGUGAUCUUUCAUUAGGUAGUCAAAAAUAAAGAGAUUUGAAUGCAAAACUUUAUAUAUAAAUGUAUAUUUCUAAUGAUAGUACUAAUUGUAACUUUAUAAUAAAAAAAGAAACAGGUGGGAGCAAUACUAAAGCACAUGCCAGUGCAGAAGGUUGGUGAUUUUUAAUCCUCUCUCAUGCACUGAUAGCUUUAAAUUCUAUAGUAUUUCUUAGAAGGCUAUAAUUCCCUGUAGAAAUCUCAAGGUGAUGCUGAAAGUCUGGCUGAGGGAGAGUCAAAGGAAGUAAAAGGCUGAUAAGGAUAUUUUGAAGUCCAUAUUUAAAAUCAAGAUUUUAGUCCAAAUAGAAUGAAGAUUGCUAGUGUUCAGGGGUGAUAUACUGAACUUCAUCCACAAAUAAAAGCAGGACAAAGAGAAUACUUAACAUCACAACAGCAUUAAAAUAGUGUGAUAAACAUUGCAUCAUUAGUUUUACUAGUGGAAACAAUGAGCUGAUGCUUCUUGGUCUUUGCUCCAAGCACAAUUUAAUGACAGUAACCUUCAUUUUACUCAAAGUCAUUUAAAAGUAUAAAAUAUAUAACCACAAAUAGAACUGUUACUAGCUCCAUUUCAAGUGUUAUAUAUAAUCUUAGUAAAGAAUGGACACUAAAAUGUUUAAUAAACAUGUUAUAUGAAGAAACAAGCAAAUUCAUAUUUGUUUUUGCAUUAAAGCACAGAUUAUUCAAGUCAUUGGGUUUUUGAGAUCAGUUUUGUAAAAUGUUUAUACACCACCACAUUCGUGAAGUGAAAAGAAAUUAAAAUCUUGAGAUAUUCAUGCAUGUAGAUUACUGGCACUUUAAAAAAAAUUAAACUUCUCUG